UCGAUGACAGCGACGGAUUUUCACACUUCGGCGCUGACGACAUUUUGUCAAUAAAUUGGGAAUAUUGUUGGAUUUUGUUGAUUUUGUGCUUAGUGAAUAGUGUUAAAAAGCCACAAAGAUGGCAGACAAUGAACAAAAAGCAAUGCAGUUGAUGGCGGAGGCGGAGAAAAAAUUGAGUUCUUCAAAAUCGUUCCUGGGGUCACUUUUUGGAGGCUCGUCAAAAGUAGAAGAAGCCGUGGACUGCUACCUCCGAGCAGCGAACCUGUUUAAGAUGGCCAAGAAGUGGGCGCAGGCUGGCAAUGCUUUCUGCAGCGCCGCACAACUGCACCUCAAGGCAGGCGUUCGUCACGAUGCUGCCACCAACUUCGUAGAUGCUUCCAAUUGCUAUAAGAAGUGCGAUCCUAAUGAGGCCGUGUCGUGUCUGCUAAAAGCGAUCGAGAUCUACACCGACAUGGGGCGAUUCACCGUCGCCGCUAAACAACAUCAGAACAUCGCCGAGCUAUAUGAGACAGAGUGCGUGGACCUCGCCCGCGCGAUGCAGCACUACGAGCAAGCCGCCGACUACUUCCGCGGCGAGGAGUCCACGUCGUCGGCCAACAAGUGCAUGCUCAAGCUGGCCCAGUACGCCGCCCAGCUGGAGCACUACGACAAGGCGAUACAGAUCUAUGAGCAGAUCGCCAAGUCGUCGCUAGACAACAGCCUGCUGAAAUACAGCGCGAAGGAAUACAUGUUCCGCGCGGCGCUGUGCCACCUAUGCGUCGACAUCCUCAACGCACAGCACGCCGUGGAGAAGUACUGCGGCCUAUACCCGGCCUUCACCGACACCCGGGAGUGCAAACUCGUCAAGGAACUAAUCGAGCAUUUAGAGGAGCAGAACGUGGACGCGUUCACCGAAGCUGUGAAGACAUACGACAGUAUAUCCCGACUGGACCAGUGGUACACCACCAUACUGGUCCGCAUCAAGAAGCAAAUCAACGAUAACCCCGACCUGCGCUGAGCCGUCAUCGCCGCGUGAGUCUUGUCUAUGCCCGUUGUUUAUUGUUUCGGCUGAAUACUUGAUUGAUCUUGAACCGUUUAAUAGUCACACACCACAAAACAUGUAUUACAUCUGUGGUAUUCUUACUACUUCUAAGGCCAACUUUCCACAGAAACAGAGAGGAGAUGUGAUGUGGAAAUAACGAAAUCUGAUUGGUUAUUCUAACAUCUCUCCGCUUUAGUAGAUAUUAGUUUAUAUUAUAGACAGAACAGACGGUGAAACGCAACUGCAACGAAACUGCAACUUUCUGAUGAUUCUGAUGAAUGAAACUGAAAGUUUCAAACUGGUCGCGUCAUGUGUGGUCUCUCAACGGACGCUAUGGCAGAAACUUAGAUGCAACUCAAAGUAACUAGCAGUUGCAGUUUCGUUGCAGUUGAGUUUCACCGUCUGUUCUGGGCCUUAGUGGUCAGUAGUUGAUAUUACAGUUUGAUGUCAUGUUUUUUCGAAUUCAAUUCCAAUUUCCCUUCAACUUGACUCAUUGAAAUGUAUUAUUAUUUUACUUUACCGAUUACUUAAGUAUACAAUAGUAUUUUUGCGUGAAAAGUAGAGUAGUAUCGCAUUAAUAGGUGAUGGAUAAAUGAAAUAUUAUCGGUAUGGGUUGGUGUCAAAUGAUUAUACGAAAGAGUGGGUUAUGUAUUAUGUAGAUUUGUUGGCAAUAAAGUUACUGAAGAAAUUCAUGAUAUUAUAUCAACUGUUUAUCUUAUUAAUAACUUAAACUUUUCUAAAUUAAUCUAUAACUGUACAGUAACUUCAUUGCCAAGAAAUAUCUUUGUGUAAAAUGCGAUACAAAACACCUACAAGUAAAUUCAAUCAAAAUUAUAAGCAAUAAAAAUUCAAAUUAUUUAUUUGGUAGUAAAGUAGUUAAAAUUUAAAUUGGCAAUUUGUGAAGGAGUUUUAUGUGAGCAACUUAAUUGAUUGAUUGUUAAAUAUAUCGAUAAUCGGAUAUUCGUUUGAAUAUGCUCAAGUAUUUCUCGCUGGAAUAACGGACAAUGUGCGCAGGCAUACGGCAAUAUAUUUCCUUUUUAUCGUACCUCUGUAGUUCAUUAUGCCUAUUUCAAUAUAACAGUUAGGCGUACGCGGUUCUUUGUAACACAAUUCAAUUAUUUUUAACACUAUACAAUUGUUUUAAUACUAUUCAAUUGUUUUUGUCAUAUUUUAAAGUUUAAAGGGCGGUUUCAAGGGGCACACGUGGACGGUACACGUAUGUAGUUUAGAAUAGUUGAGUACAGGGUGUAAGGUACAAAGAUUCCUCUUUACACCCUAUAUUUUCUAAGUGGUCUAACUACAAGAUAUGAUGUAUCGUCGCUUAAUUAGUAGAGAACGUUUUUCUAUUGUUAAGGUUUUCUAUUAUAUCAAAUAUUUAUUUAAAAUACUUAUUUUAGUCAGUCGAUGCAGUAUUCUAUUUCAAAACGAAUGAAGCUGUAUUAGUCGAAACUUGAUAUGGAUCAAGACUUAAAGGUCGUCUCUUGCGACAGUUUUAACAAUAUGUCUAUAGACCUAAAAGGAACAGUGACAUCAUUUUACGAUCAGAUAAGUAUUCUCAAAAGAUUUUGUUAAUAUUUAACCUUCUUUAGUAUAUCUCUAAGCUCUAUUUUCACUGUAUUAGUGUGACAAAGAACCGUUCUAGUAUUCAUGAUUAGGUGAUAAUAUUGUAGCGUAGUGGCACCAAUGAUCGACACUUUAAGGAGAUAUUGGGCUUCUUAUUAAGAUUAAAGGUCAUUUAGUCAUCUUUAAACCAAAAGUAACGAUUGAGCAUGAUAAGGUAUAUUCUUGAGAUAAGAAUAGGAUGUAUUAUUUUUAUUAACUAUACACGGACUAGAAAAAAAUCCCAAAAAAUGAAAAAGCAUAUAAAUCUCCAAUCAUCGACACCGAAUCUCCAGUAGUCAACACCCAGUCAUCGACAGCUGCCACUUACCGACACCCAGUUAUCGACGAUCUCCUUUUUUGGCAAGUACUCGACCAGGUUUAGGACGGAAGCUCUGCCAGUCCUGGCUGGUGUACUGCCGGUCGACUUAGAGGUACAGAAGCGUGCGGCUAUGUACUUCGCAUCAAGGGAAAAUAUACCUAACCUCCGAUUUCUUAAAUAGCCGCGAUCGUUCUAAAAUAAGCCGAUUAUUUGAUUCCCGAGAAGUCGUUGAAGAGGAAUUACUUAAUGAAUGGCAAAAAAGAUGGAAUACGUCAGUCAAAGGGCGUCACUUAUAUAAUUUCUUCCCGAAUGUACGCGAACGUCUAACUAGGCGAUGGUUAGAAAUCGACCAUUGCUCGUCGCAGUUCCUCACGGGGCAUUGCAACUUUAAACAUAAACUUCACUAAUUCAAACUAGUUCCGUCUCCUUUUUGCGAGUGUUCCACUAAUGAUGUCAGUCAUGAGCAGUCUGCCCAUCAUAUUAUCUUGUGGGAGUGUUAUCUUUGGAAACAUGAACGUAAUUUAAUGCUUAAUUCAAUACAACAUACCUACAUCUGUUUCCGCAAUUUAUUACACCGAUCUUGUCGCGACAAGGAAAAAUUUCCGUGCUUUGAAGCGAUUUCGUGAAAAAUAUUAUUGGCAGGUAGUUGCUAAUUGCUCAUAAGAUAAGCCCCCUUAAUUGAUAUUUAUUGUCCGUGGUGCAUAAUCUUUUCUUAAAGGGUUUAAACCUUUGUUUGUCACCUGUCAUCCGCUUUGCAAUGGAGGGAAGUCGAACCUUAAUUUCGAACUCCUCCUAUGUUCUUCUGAAUAAUUUCGUUGCGGGUCCAAUGACAGUUUAACUUUCCCCCGGGACAAACUUGACCUUCAUUGGUUGGGUUUUUGUGGCGGUCAAGCCGUAGAUCCUGGCUACACAGGAGUUGCAGUGGUGGGAACGAGAAGUGGGAAUAGUCCCGAUUUUAGUUAAAACUGUGCUCGGCCCCAUUAUACAGGGUGGAA